GGAUUCUGCGCUGUUUGCUUCAGGAGUUUGUUCACGACCUUAUGACAUUUCACGGCCUCUAAAGAUACCCUUGCUGUACAUUCGACUGUCAUCUUCCUUCAGAAUUCCUGCAACGUACAUAACGACCUUUCGAACUGGGACACAACGACUUGCUCUGGCGUAGCAUCGCACAGCAACAAUGAGCGGUCCACCCCCGCCUCCUCAUGGGGAGGUGCCCAAAUCAUCGGGUUUACCGCCAGGAAAAUACGAUAUCUUCAUAAUACCUCCACACUCCUCGGGAUCCGGCUUUCUCUACCUCCCGUCCUUAAGACCGAAUGUUAAUAGUUUCGCCGCCGGCUUUGCUUCUGCCCUCGUACUAGUUGCUCUAGGUUCGAUGGCGGCACCAGCUAUCCAAAACUGGUGGUACAAUCUGAAGGGAUCUGGUGGGAUGGGGACGAUGCUGCUCAUGUUAGCAAUAGGCGUUGGAGCGUGGGCUCUGGGAAGAACACAAACAGAUGGAGGAUCAAAGCCUGGCGGAGGUAGAGAAGGUGGUGUCCCACCACAGAGCGGUCCUCACGGUAGUUACAGUGGUGCAAGUUCAAGUAGCCAUUCCGGUGGAUAUGCAGGCGGCCCAGCUCCAGGCCAGGGACCAUCCCCAGACCAGGGACCGCCUCCAGGUCACGGACCUCCCCCAGGCCAUGGACCGCCUCCCGGCGGUGGACCUACGGCAGGAGACCGACCCAAAUCGAGCUGGCAGCGACCAGACGCGCCACCGCCACAGCCGGGCGCAACUGGCGCAAGCUCAAAUACAGCCGGUGCCAAUGGUGCAGCUAAGGGCGCUUGGGAGAGAGCCAGAGAAGAAACCAAGAGGAAGGAGGAAGAACGGAAGGCAAAGGAAGCGGAGAAAAAGCGGAAGGAGGAUCUCGAGAAGAAAUUAAAAGAAGCCCGCGAAAGAGAAGCCCGUGAGCGGGAAGCACGAGAAAAGCUAGAAAAAGAGAAAGAGGCUCGUGAGAAAGAAGCCCGCGAGAAAGAAGCCCGUGAGAAAGAAGCCCGUGAGAAAGAAGCCCGUGAGAAAGAAGCCCGUGAGAGAGAAGCCCGUGAGAGAGAAGCCCGUGAGAAAGAAGCUCGGGAAAGGCUAGCUCGAGAGGCUCGCGAGAAAGAGGCUCGGGACAUGGAAGCUCGGGAGAGGGAAGCUCGGGAGAGCGAAAUACGGGAGAGAAUGGCACGGGCAAGGGAGAUUCGAGAAGCUCGAGAAAGAGAGGCCAAGGAAAGAGAGGCACGAGAAAGAGAGGCUCGAGAAAGAGAGGCUCGAGAAAGAGAGGCCAAGGCAAAAGAGGCCAAGGAAAGAGAGGCACGGGAAAAAGCAGCUCGGGAGAAGAAGGAGCAGGAGGAGAAAGUGAAACUAAAGGGAAGUACCACCUAUGCGUUUUCUGCAGUUGGAGAAAAGACAAAUCCCUGGCCACGCGGGCGGCCUCCAUCACCACCAGUCCGCUCACAGUCGCCCUCACCUACUAAGAAACCGCCUGCUCCAACAGCAAAGACUUACUUAGGCACCGACGAUGAUGCUUACUCCUACCGACCUUAUGACAAACCGAAGAAGCCUAUGCACAAAAAGUCACAAUCCUCCCUCUAUUCCGAGUCUUCAUACACAGCAUCACAAUCCACAGCCCGAACGACACCCCCUCCUUCGCAUCGUGGUCCCUACAGCACCAAGGACCCCAACAAGAUCGUCAUAAAAGCGGUCUACGCCUUCAACAAUACCUUCAUUAAAACUCCCACCUCGCAGCUCGUUGCAGGAGUAGGAUCAGUAACGGAUGGACUAAUCCUCAGGAUCACAACCGAGGGUCUCUUCAUCGACGAUGAUGUCCGCGGCGUCCCACAACGAGAGUGGGACGUCAAGGCAUGGACAAUGAAACUCGUAGAGGUAUGGUGCCCUUCUCUCCGCCAGGGCCCCGCUGGCAAUUCUGCGUCUGCUCGCUUUGCUUCUCCGCACAAGCCAAAUCAUGUUCGUCGAUUUUGGGGCUUGGAAAAGGAUCGACAGCAAACAUCUGAAGAGAUCGAUGCGCUCUUGCUCGAUAUGCUGCAGGUCUGUCGGGAAAAUUGUCGUCCGCGUGCUACUUCUUCUGCGUCUUCUGCCUAUUCUGCCUAUUCUGCGAGUUCUGCUGCGAGUUCUACCUAUUCUGCGAGUACUUUUGAUGAUCGAUCUUCUGUUACGUCCGAUUCGGCUUAUGGUUCUUCUGUCGGUUCGCCUCCGCCCAGGUACAAGAGAACUAAUGGCUUUUCCUUCCAGACUGGGGAGUUGAAGAUGGCGGGGCUGCACGUGCUGCGGGCGAGCAUCCGCGACCAGGACGGGAAGAGGUAUGUCUUCAUAAUCUCAGAGGAGGAGAGCUGGAAGGUCUCUGUGGGACUGCAGAGGCUGAGGAAGGGAUCUCAAGUCCGGGCUCUGGGCGUCAGCGGCAUGAGUAGCAGCGAUGCACGAGGCACGCUGGAGAACCUCGGAUGGAUAUGAUGAUGCUGCUUUUUAAAGAGAAAAAGGCAGCGAGUGUGAGUAAUGUCAGAGAGGAAUGUAUGAAGUAAGGGGGUCGGUCAUCAAGGGAGGAAACGGAGUCAGUCGACUGAUCAGCUUGGAAUGCGCACCAAAAAGUCGAGAGCGGGCAUUUUACAAGAACGGUUUCAUAAAAUCAUGAGCGACGGAGUUCUUUCGCACACACCUAUGCAAAUAGGUCCUGCAGGGUCGGUUUAUUUGUUUAUUUGUUUAGAGUCAUGUAGUCCUGUCCCAGCCAGGCGAACUUGGGGGAAAUGGGAAGGAAGGAUGGAAGGAAGGGGGGAAAUUGAUUGGUUGAUUGAUUUGCACAUACGGAGGAGGGACGGGAGUCAAAGUUGACUUACCUGACGGUCAAAAAACUUCUCUUUUUCAUAAUACAUACUGGGUUCAGUAAUACAAUACAUACACCUACAUACAUACAUAGU